AUGGCUAGGACCCGCUUGCGACAGGGAUUGAGGCUUUGCAUCAUCGAUACCGAAGGUAUUGAGCCAGAAAGGUUGGAAACAGUUCCUGGAGAGACCCUGAUGCAUGCCUGGGAUCCUCCCCCGAGGGAGAGCAGCAGACCCGAUAGCAAGUUCUGGAAGGAGCUAGCAGCUUACAAGCCAAGACAUUGGCUACUUCGUGGGCCAGAUAUUGUUGGACUGUCAGCUGGUCAGAAUCUUGAAAUCUUCGAGGUCGGAAGACAUGGGAUUGGGGUGAUGGUCAAAAACGAGGAGGAGGACUUGGUUUGGGCCUUGCAAGGCUACGUGAUCAAUCUUGCAGGCGUUGCAGCAGAGCAAGUGCCCAGCCUUGGCGAGUUCUUGAGGCGAAAGGGGGUCGAAGACCUUGUCAACCAGGUUGCCACUGACUAUCAAGAAGCCAAGCCCUAUGGUAUGUUUGACAAGGCUCAUGUUCUCCUCUCGACCUUGCUGAUUCUUCCGCUCCUGGGUCUCAAUGUCACGGGUUGGAUGCUGACAGCCCAUUCCAACCCUGGCAUUUUGGAGCUUUGCCGUGGCUUGUUUCUCUUCAUCGUUUGCGUGCCGAUAUAUCGUUUCGGCAGCAGUUUUUGGGGAGAGGCCUUUGCAGCACACUAUACAUACCCUUCCUUCCAUGCCAUCAUUACAGUCUGUUCCGUAGCCGUCUCGAUGAUCAUCCCAUACCUCUUCAGAGCUUUGGGCCUUGGGAUUCCAAGCACAAUGAUGAUGGUGAGUUCUGGUGCCAUGACCCUGAUCGGAUGCUCAGUGGUCCAGCUAUGCUGGCAGAAGCGCAUGGGCCGUUUGAGCAAGAACUUCUGGCGACACUUGUUUUGGGGAUGCACCGUUGUUGCUUUGUCCUUUGGUGUUUGGCUUUUACUUUAUGCGGCAGCCUCCGUCUACAUUCUCCUCAUAUCAAUGCAGUCUUCCUUCUCCGUGAUUUUUCUUCCAGUAACCACCUGGUUGCUGGAAUGUGGAACGGUACUGGGGACUACAGCAGCCACCCGCAUGGUGGUCUUUCAUCCUCGCCACGAAGGUAAAGCCAGUGCGAUCGACGGCGAUCAGCGGCUGCACGUGAUUCCGUGUGCAAUUGCUUGCGCCCAUGGAUUUUCGGAAGCAACCAGAUUGGCAGCCACGGUGGCGGGGGCAGUUCGCACAGGAGGCACAGGCGGCAUUACAGCGCUCACUCUGGGUGUUUUUUUGAAUCUUUGGGCGCGCUCUGGCUGGGGCAGGUUUUCUCUCAUUUGGAGCACUUCAAAGAUUUUGAACAUUGCGCCCGAGUUCGUGGCAAAGCGAGUGAAACCUUUGAAAGUUUUGGCCCCCACAUUGUUUUCCAAACUUCAUGAUGAAGUGAAAGUGACAUUGGGAUACCCUCGCUUCGCGGUCCUGGCUGCCCUGGUUCUGAGCUGGCUCCUCGCAGACCAGCUGUCAGCAAUUUUUGGCACCAAACCCAUGCAGCUCCCGGACAAUUGGGAUUCUGCCCUCAUCAUUUGCGGGGUAGCGUUGGCCUUCGAGAUCACGGAAGACAUGAUUGUUCUGGGCAUGGACAGCUGCUUGCAGGCUCCGAUUACUCCAAAAGCCAUGGAGUAUUUCCAAUCGUUUGAAUGUGAGUAUCCGUACCAAUGCCUGGCUGUGGUCAUGCGGGAUGAUUACUUGACUGCCACAAGCUCUCCAGUGCUUCAUAGCCCGUCAUCCCCUGAAUCCCAUGGUGGCAGUGACAACGUGUCUCGCAGAACAUCAGUGUCCAGCAUGCUGAGAAAGGGGCCUUCAAAGGUGGCAAUGGACACGCUAGCCGUGACACAUCUUGGCCCCCGAGACUCAACCUAUUCUGGAACGCUGCGCAGACGCUUUGGCCAACGUUCAGUGGUACAUCAUGCAAAGGGCCUGCACGGUCUCAGGAAGUGCAAGUUCGUGGUUGUGUUGGGCAUGACAAUGACAGCAGCCACAUUUACGCUCAUCCUCUUAGAGCUUCUUCUUGGCCCCAGUUAUGUCUACGGGCAGUGCUCCCAGCCUUUGCCCUUGGUUGAGUCGCUUCUGAAGGCACUCUUUUGGAAUGGGCUAACGUGUGAGUGA